AUGACGAACGAAGAACACAAUACAUUGGAGGAUGAUGGUACAACAACCAGAGAACAAGAUCCAGCCUCAGAAUGGAUCUUUGAUAAAGUGCAGCAAAUGGUCAAGAUCAACAAAACGAAAUGGAACGAAUUUAAGAACAAUGAGGAAGUGAGAGUCAAAAUACAAAAAUUCCUCACUGUCGAAUCCGAGAUGAUUCUCUUUUUCAUCAAAAACAGUUUAAAAGAAGAGAUAAUUGUAUCUGCUGAGCCUAUAGUUGCUGGCAAUAGAAAAGGAUUAGUGUUCAUGAAACACAAUCCUGUCAAAAUUAACAAUGACAACUACGUAGAAUCACUAUUUUAUGAAGAUUUAUUUGGAGAUCCACUUGUAAAUUUACAGCGUAUCGUUGAGGGAGUAUAUCUUCCGCUACUACAAUCUCCAAAGAAUCAAAAAGGGUGGCCAAACGUUGUGGCCCAAGAUCUAAUUAGACAAUUUCACAGAUUUACUGGCAUGCUUGAUUUAUUUAUUGGGCAUACUAAAGGAGAAGUAAUUUUACCAAUGCCGCCAACUGAAGGUAUAGAUACUGCUUCACUUGAUCGAUCUCUUGUGCACACAUUUGAGACAUCCGUGAUAGACUGGAGUAAAGAGGCAAAAAAGAUAAUAGAAAUGGGUUCAGACAAAGUACUUGAUGAAAUGGAAAAGAAUGAAAAAUAUCAAGGCCCAUUAUUCGAACUUGAUUUCUGGGAAACAAAAAAAACCAAGCUGAGAAAUCUUGUAGACCAAUUGAGCACGGAAAAGGUGCAAACUGUUGUAUCAACUCUAGAAAAAACACAAAGCUCUUAUGUAACAGGGUUUAAAAAGAUGAUUAAGGAAUUACAUUAUUCUUUGAAAGAAGCUGAGGAAAUAUCUCGAUAUUUAGAACCACUAAGAAAGUAUUUCGACAUGAUUAACGAUGCUACUAUUUAUAUUGCCGAUUUGACAGAAAUAUUGAAACCGACCCUUUAUUUAAUAUCAUUGGUUUGGCAGAAAUGUGAAUUCUUUACAAUUGGAAAUCUUUUUGUUCUUGUCAGAGAAAUUUGUAAUGAUAUAAUUUAUAGAAUUUAUAACUUUAUUGAACCAGCAGAUCUUUGGGGAAAUCCAACAAAACUCAUUGCAGAAAAGUUAGAAUUAUCAUACACCGUUUGUGAUCAAUUUAAGGUUUUAUUUUACCAAUACAGAGACAAUGUAAAUAAGACAAACACUCAAAAACCUUGGAGGUUUGAAGUCUCUAAGAUUUUUACUCGACUAAACAGUUUCAUUGAAAGAUUGCAUGAUAUUAGGACAAUCACCUUGUAUAUUGAUGAUUUGACAUUGCUCGACAAGUUUGAUGUGGGAGGCGUAAAUGGGGCUGAAGCAUCUGGAAUGAUUGCACAAAUAUUUGACGAUUUUGUGGAGCAACAACAGAAAAUUCAAAACGUCACUUACGAUAUUUUAGAUCUAAAGCAAACACAGUUUGACAAGGAUUUUUACAAGUUUUGCGAGUGCAUUAAUGAUUUUGACAAGAGAAUUUGCUUUGUAAUUAACAAGGCUUUGCAACUCAAUUCAAAUCUCAAAUUUGCAUUCAAAUUUCUUGAAACACUAGAACCACAAACACGUAGAGAACGAAUAAGGCAGGAAGUAGAAUCGAAAACUACUGCAUUGGUUCAAAUCUAUCUAGAUGAAUUAUCCAGAGUUUCUGCCUUGUUUAGCCGAAACAGAGAGGACCCUCCCAUACUUGACAACUUUCCUAAAGUUUCUGGAGCUAUUGCCUGGUGCAAGGCUUUGAAAGAAAGAAUUACAUGGCCUCUAGAUAGUCUUAAAAGCAAACCAUUUUUAUCAGGAACUUCUCUCAUGAAUGAGGUAAUAGAUCGCUACAAUAGACUUAUCACGCAAUUGGAAAAAUAUGAAGAAGAAGUUUUCAAUUGUUGGAAAUAUUUAUUGGAGAAGAACACUUUAUGUCACUUAAAUGAUAACAUUAUUGUUAGACUUAACAAUAACAGGUUACAGGUUAAUUUCAAUUCAGAGCUCGCAUUCUGCAUUCAGGAAGUAGAACAACUUGGCUCUUAUAGCUCGAUUAUUCCUGAAGAAGCUUUGGAGCUAUUUUCAAAAGGUGAUUCCUUCCGUCUAAAAAUUUCUACCAUGGAUCUAAUGGUUAGACAAUACAACACAGUUAUCCAGACGCUUCUAGAGGUUGAAAGACCUUUAUUGUCUAACAAGUUGAAGGAAGCAGACACGCUCAUAGAAGAAGCAACACAUAGGCUUACAUGGAAAAGUGAUAUAGACCCAUUUAUUUCGAAUUCACGAGAAGUGGUUAAAGAUUUGUAUAAUCGAACUAAUUUCUUGAAAGGAAACGUAAAAACUAUCGAAAAGAUGGUAGACAGUUGGAUGACAAUUUCAUCUCUCAUUAUCACAGAUAACUCUGCUCAAGACGAUCUCAAGGAAAGGAAAAGUAGCAAGGUUCUUGAUAUGGUAUCAUUCUGGAGAAAGAGAGACCCUCCAAACGUAACGAAUAGAGUUUUUGCUCAGUGGAAGGCAAAGGUUUCUUCAAAUAUCAAAAGAUUAUCAGAUGUACCUGUUCAAAGUGAAAGAAUCCAUCAAAUUAUGGACAGUAGUUAUGCCAAGAUAUGUCCAACUAUUAUUACACAAGAGUGGGAAGGAUAUUGGAGGAAUUAUAUACUCUAUGUUAAUGACAUUGUGGAAAAAGGACUAUUCAAAGCCAUAAGGGAGGGUUUGAUGUUUUUAAUUAACUCUUUUUCUGUUAAAUCGGAAAUUAUGAACCAAAACAACCCCAAAAUUAACAUCAGUAUCUUUAUUACUGUCAAGUUGGAAUUGCUGGGAAAUGAUGCUGUUUUCACACCUAACCUUAUUGAAAGUGCUACCAGUGUUCACAAUAGCGUGAAAGUUUGGGUAAGCAGAGUGUUAGGUCUCUCAUCAAUGGUUAAGAGAUUAGAUACAUCUUUAACCUUUGAAGAAACUAUUUCAAAGGAUCCAAGCAUCGAAGACCUAAAACAAAAAGUUUUUGUGCUAAUGAACUCUACUAUCAAAGAUAUGGAGGCUUUGCGAGAGAAGUUUUGUGAAUACUCUAUGCUAUGGCAAGAAGAUCCAAAAGAUUAUUUGAACAGAUUUAUCAAAAGCGGAGGUGAUGACGUGAGAUUUAAUAGUGAUAGCGAUAUUUCUGAUGGAGAAGAAAUUGCUGAGAUUGAAGGAGAAAAUGUGAUUGCAUCCUUAGAGGAAUUUGAAAUGCAAAUAUUGAAAUAUGAAAAGAUGGUUAAUGAAAUAAUGGAAUUACCUGACAAAGCCUCUUUCGGAUGGUUGACUGUAGAUGCUUCUCCUGUUAAGAUAGCCUUAUCCAACUUGGCCAGCAAAUGGAGAUUUACUUUCUUGGAUUAUUUACUGUCUGAUGUAAAGCAAACAUUAACAGAAUUCAAUGAGUUUGUUUCGGAGAUAAAGACAGGCCUUACUCAGCCAAUACCAAAAGACGAUUACCCUAAACUUGUUGAAAUGAUGAGAUAUAUCGUUAGAUUUAAGGAAAGACCUGAGCACAAACAAAAGGAUGGACUCUUUGAAAACUUGAGAGAAAUAGUGCAAUUACUGAAGAAAUAUGGAAUCGUUGUUCCUCAAGAAGUCAUUUUAGACUUAGAUGACGCUAAAAAUAAGUGGAAUGAUUUGUCAAAAGUCUAUUUUGAUGUUAAGGAUAAGCUGUCCAUCGUGCAAGAUGAAGAAAUCAAAAAGAUUUCAAAGGAAGAGGUUCAAUUUACCCAAAUGUCUGAGACCUUUAGAGAAGAGUUUUUGCAGAUGGCUCCUUUUGAUUACAGUGUUGGCAUGGAAGAAAGUUACGAACGUAUUGAUAGAGUUAAUGAGAAGCUUAUUGAGGUCGAGGAUAGAAUGAAAGAAUUGAGAGAUAGACAAAAACUUUUUGGUUUAAUGCAAAACCAAGGAAAAUUAGUACGAGAAUCCCGAACAGAAUUAAGACUUCUCAAAAGAAUAUGGGAUUUGGCCUCAUUGGUGAAAUGGCAAAUUGAUGAAUGGAAACAAAUUCCUUUCCUUAAGAUUAAUGACGACGAGCUCUCUGAAGAAACAAAGAAAUUUAUUUUAGAGCUCAAAUCUGUUGACAAGAGAGUUAAGAGAUGGGAUGUGUUUUUAGGUUUGCAAAACUUUGUUGACAACUUUAUGGUUACACUUCCAAUGAUACAAAAGUUGAGAAAUCCAGGAAUGAGAAGUAGACAUUGGAAACAGUUGAUGGAAAAGGCCAAGUUUCAAUUUGAUAUAAGUAAUAAUUUUACUCUUGCUGAUCUUCUCGCUCUGGAGCUCCACAAUUACCAGGAAAAUGUUAACGAAAUAGUUGACCGAGCAGAGAAAGAAAUGAAAAUGGAAAAGCAAUUGAAGGAUCUUGAAACUAUUUGGAGUGACCUAUCAUUUGAUUUUGUGUUCCAUGUCAACGGAGUAGAAAUUGUGAAAGUGUCAGAAGAUGUUCGAGAUAACCUUGAAGAGAAUCAGCUUCAACUCCAAGCAAGCAGUGCGAGUAGAUUUGUCGAGUUCUUUAUCGAAGAGAUAGAGGACUGGCUCAGGAAGCUUGGAAAAGUCGAUACGGUAGUUACAGGUCUUCUUGAUGUACAAAGAAAAUGGUUGUACUUGGAAAACAUCUUCAUAGGUACUGAUGAUAUUCGUCAACAGCUUCCAAAUGAUGCUAAAAACUUUGAUGGGGUUGAUAGAGAGCUACGAACUAUUCUUAUUACAGCAAAACAAGUUAAGAAUAUUGUUGUAUUUUGCUCGCAACCAGGGCUGGAGGAUACGAUCAUCGUUUUACAAAAUAAGCUUACAUCAUGCGAGCAUCAACUCAGCAAGUAUUUGGAAACAAAGAAAAAGGCAUUUCCCAGAUUUUACUUUACAUCUGAAUCGGACUUGUUGGACAUACUAAGCAAGGGAGGUCAAUCCCCUCACAAAAUACUGAAGCACAUGCCAAAACUAAUACAGGCUGUCAAAACUUUGAAAUUUAAGACCGACGACCAAGGUAAUCAAUCUAAUGAAGUUAUUUCAAUUAUCAGUAGAGAAGAUGAAGAAGUGAAAUUAACAACACCUUGCGUGUUACAGGGAAAGGUUGAAGAUUAUUUGAACGACUUACUUAGGGCUAUUUCCAAAACUUUGAAAGACAUUUUAUCUGAAGCUAUCACUACCUAUUCAAGCAAUAACAGAGAGGAAUGGUUAGCUGGUUAUCCAGCACAAAUCGUAUUGGUAACUUCUCAGAUUUUUUGGACUAUGGAAGUGAAUCAAGCGUUUGAUGCUCUCGAAGAAAAUAACGAAAUCGCAAUGAAGAAUUACUACAAGAAGCAAGUAAAUCAACUCAACAAACUUAUCACCAUGGUUCAAGGAGACUUAGAAAAAGGAGAAAGACAAAAAGUUAUGAAUCUAGUUACUUUGGAUGUACACGCUAGAGAUAUUGUUGACAAAUUAAUUAGUGAUAACAUUACAUCAGCUCAAGAUUUUGGAUGGCAAUGCCAGUUAAGACAGCGUUGGGAUGCAGAACAUCAAGAUUGCAUUAUUGAUAUUUGUGACGCUACAUUUAAAUAUGGAUACGAAUAUCUUGGUAAUGGACCUCGUCUUGUGAUUACUCCACUUACUGAUCGUAUUUAUAUUACCUUAACACAAAGUUUACACUUAAUCAUGGGUGGUGCACCAGCUGGUCCUGCAGGAACAGGUAAAACAGAAACCACAAAGGAUUUAGGGUCUCAACUUGGAAAAUCGGUAUACGUAUUCAACUGUUCAGAUCAGAUGAACAAUGAAAGUUUAGCCGAUAUUUUCAAAGGACUUGCAUCGAGCGGUGCUUGGGGAUGUUUUGAUGAGUUUAACAGAAUUGCUGUGGAGGUAUUGUCUGUGGUUUCCACUCAGUUCAAGAGCAUCUUGAAUGCCAUUAGAGCCAAAAAAGAUAGAUUCCUUUUUGAGGGAGAAGAAAUUUCUCUUGAUCCAACAAAUGGAGUAUUUAUCACAAUGAAUCCAGGUUAUCUGGGCAGAACUGAGUUACCAGAGUCACUAAAGGCUCUUUUCAGGCCUGUUACUGUCGUAGUACCAGAUUUGGAGUUAAUCUGUGAAAAUAUGCUGAUGGCAGAAGGCUUUAAGGAGGCAAAACAAUUAGCGAAAAAGUUUAUCACACUUUAUAGUUUAAACAAAGAUUUGCUUUCAAAGCAAGACCACUAUGAUUGGGGACUUCGUGCAAUCAAAUCGGUGUUGGUUGUUGCUGGUACCCUAAAAAGAUCAGAACCAUCUAUGCCUGAAACUCAAGUUCUUAUGAGAGCUCUUAGAGAUUUUAAUCUUCCAAAGAUUGUACAAGAUGACUUGGAAGUCUUCACUGGUUUAAUUAACGAUUUAUUCCCAGGAAUUGAUCCACCUCGAAAAGUAGACAAAGAAUUUGAACGAAUUGCUGCUGAGCAAAUGACAGAAAUGAAAUUACAAUCUGAGGAUAGCUUGGUUUUGAAAGUAGUUCAAUUAGCUGAAUUAUUAGAAGUUCGUCAUAGCGUCUUUAUUAUUGGACCUUCUGGAUCUGGAAAGUCUGUUUGUUGGAAAUCUCUAGCUGCAGCAAAAAGAGCAAGACAUGAAAAAGUUCUUGUAAGGUAUCUCGACCCCAAGGCAAUUACAUCCCACGAGCUUUAUGGUUACAAGAACGAGCAAACUGAUGAAUGGAGAGAUGGACUGCUUAGUAGUAUCAUGAAAACUCUUGCAGAAAGAGAAGAUACAGAUCCAAAAUGGAUAAUACUUGAUGGAGACCUUGAUACUGAAUGGAUUGAAUCAAUGAACUCUGUCAUGGACGACAAUAGAAUCCUUACUCUUGCAAACAAUGACCGUAUUCCUUUACUUUCUCACAUGCGACUGAUAUUUGAGAUUUCACACUUAAAAUAUGCUACUCCUGCCACAGUCUCAAGAGCUGGAGUUUUAUUUAUUGGAGAAAAAGAUAUUGGUUGGCAGCCUUAUGUAGCGUCCUGGAUCGAUACAAGACCACAGAUAGAACGCGCUCAUUUAGUUAUUCUCGUUGACAAAUACAUACCUGAAACUCUGAAAUUUGUUCGAGCUAACUUUAAGCAUUUAAUUCCCCUUUCAGAUUUUGACAUGGUGUCAUCCCUUUUCCAAAUUUUAGAAAGCUUGUUAGUGAAAUAUCCAACCCAUGGAGAGAAAGAAACAAUAGAAAGCUUCUUUGCUUUUGCAACUAUUUGGGCUUUCAUGGGAGCUGUCGUUGACAAUGAAAAACAUACAAACAAAGGAUUAUUCGACAAGUGGUGGCGUACUACUUUCAAGACUGUCAAGUUUAGUGAUGAAUAUUCUGUUUUUGACCUAUACUAUAACCCAACAUCAAAAUGUAUGGAACCUUGGAAGGAUAUUAUGCCGAGAUAUGAGUUUGAUGUUGACAUUCCAGUCCCUCAAAUUAUGGUUCCAACUGAAGAGACGACAUGUAUCAGAUAUUUAAUGGACCAUAUUGUUGAUUUUGGAAAGCCUCUCAUGCUAGUUGGAAAUGCCGGAGUUGGUAAAACGCAAAUCAUUCAGGAUAAGCUCAAUAAUUUAGAUGUUCUGAACUUUUCAUCAACCACCAUCAAUUUUAACUACUAUACUGACUCAGAGUCUCUUCAAAAUUUCUUGGAAAGCUCCUUAGAGUCAAAGGGAGGAAAGAGACUUGGGCCUCCAGGUAACAAAAAGAUGAUUUUCUUCAUUGACGAUUUCAACAUGCCAAAAGUGGACGCUUAUGGUACGCAAACACCAAUAGCUUUACUCCGUCAACAAUUGGAUUAUGGAUGUUGGUAUGAAAGAGCCAAAUGGAAUUUAAAAGAAAUUAUUAAGGUUCAAUAUAUUUGUAGCAUGAAUCCUACAGCAGGAAGCUUUGUUGUUAAUCCUCGAUUGCAACGACAUUUCAUCACUUUGGGUAUUAACUUCCCAUCAAGAGCCAGUUUACAGAAAAUUUAUGGUUCAAUUUUAAGUGGCCACCUUAAAAGAUUCCCAGCUGAGAUCAUUAACUUGACCAAUAAUGUCAUGAACGCAAUAAUUGACAUUCAUGAAAAAGUGGUGAACGUUUUCCCAAAGACGGCCCACAAAUUUCAUUACGAAUUCAAUUUAAGACAACUCUCAAGUUUGUUUGAAGGAUUACUAAGAAGCGAACCUUCUGAGUUUAAAGAUCAAAAAGCUGGAGCAUUGAAGUUUUCCAGAUUAGUCGCACACGAAAUUUCUCGUGUGUAUGGGGAUAGAUUAUCUUCAAGGGCUGAUGUAGUCCAGUUUGAAAAGGAUAUCAAGGGAAUUUUGAAUGACAAAUUUCCUGAGUUUGGUGGUGAGGCUGUCACAAGGAAACCACUCGUGUUCUCUCAUUUUGUUAAUGGAGCAGAUGGAGCUUAUGAUGAGUUUGCCAGUAUGGACAGUAUUAGAGCUGUACUUGAAGAGGCACUCAGUAGGUAUAAUCAAACGAAGGCAGCAAUGGAUUUAGUUCUUUUCGAAGAUGCACUUGAACAUAUAUGCCGAAUCAACAGAAUAAUUAAGGCAUCCAAUGGUAACGCAUUAUUGGUUGGUGUUGGAGGAAGUGGUAAACAAAGUUUAUCAAGACUUGCUGCCUACAUUGGAGAUUUUGAGAUUUAUAAAAUUGUUAUCACCAAGGAAUAUGGAGUCAACAAUCUCAAAGAAGAUUUAAAGAUCAUGUACAAGAAAGCAGGAAAAGGGCAAAAGUUGGUUUUCUUGCUUAAUGACAAUCAAAUUGUUGAUGAAAGAUUUUUGGUAUAUAUCAACGAUUUACUUUCCACUGGCAAUAUACCAGACUUGUUUGCAAGCGACGAACGCGAGGAAAUUGCUAACUCUCUUCGAACAGAGGUGAAAUCUGCUGAAUACGAAGCAGAAAUUUCCCUGCUAUCAUUAACUGUACUCAGAUUGACUUUUUUCUUCCCAUGGCCUCAAGAAGCGCUCCUUAGUGUUGCUGAUAAAUUCUUGAAACCUGAACAACCAAUUACUGGAGAUCACCAUCCUGCUAUUGUCAAAACAAUGUCAUUCAUGCACGAAAAGGUGAAUGAAUUUAGUGAGAUGUUUUUCCAUGAUCUCGGUAGAUAUACAUAUACUACUCCAAAGAGCUAUUUGGAAUUUAUUAAGCUUUACAAAUCAUUGCUUUUUAAGAAGAGAGAACACAUUAAAUCUCUCAUUGACAGACUUAGCCAAGGAAUACAAAAGUUAAGGGAUACCACGCAAAAUGUUACAAAACUUCAAAAGCAGUUAGAGAUUCAAGAGAAAGAAGUUAAAGAAAGAGAAGCGGCUGCUGAUGUAAUUUUGGAGAAAGUCAAAAAAGAAAGAGCAAUUGUUGAAGCUGAAAACAAAAAGGCAUUAGCUGAGGAGAAAAAUGCAUCUGAAAUUAGCCAACAAGUUGCUCAACAGACUCUUGAAUGUGAGGAAGAAGUAGCUAAAGCCAAACCAAUUUUGGAAAGCGCAGAGCAAGCUCUAAAGACAUUGAACAGAAAUGAACUGACUGAACUGAGAUCGUUUAAAACUCCAAACAAAAAUGUAUUGCUUGUUUUCCAAGCAGUACUUAUUUUAUUAAGUCCCAAGAAUGGAGUAUCUAAAGAUUUGAGUUGGUCUGCAGCUCAAAAAGCCAUGGCUAAAGGAGCAGACAAGUUUUUGUCAUUGCUUGAAGCAUAUGAUGCUAAAAAUAUUUACCCACACAUUCUUCCUGCCAUCAAACCCUUUAUGGACAAUCCGGACUUCACUGGGGAGCAAAUCAAGAAACAUUCCUCUGCAUCUGCUGGUUUGUGCGAUUGGGUCAGAAAUACAAUUGAGUACAAUAGAGUUUUUGUGGAUGUAAAACCCAAAUUCGACAGUCUUGAAAAAGCCAAGAUUGACAAAGCAAACGCAGAAGAAAAGCUAAACAAGGUGAGAAAGACUGUGUCAAAGCUACAAAAACAACUUAAAAAAAUCGAAGCAGAUUAUCAAGCGGCUGAGGAUGAAAAGAAUGCUGCUCUUGAUAUUGCAAGAAAAACUCAAGAAAAACUUGAUUUGGCCCAGAGAUUUGUGAAAGCUUUAUCCUCCGAAAACGCACGUUGGGUUGAAGAAAUCCAGAAGCUACAAUCCCUGAAUAAUGUUCUGAUUGGAGAUGUAUUGCUGGCUUCUGCUUUUAUUUCCUAUGCCGGUAGUUUCGACAUGCGUUUCAGAAACGAGCUAGUUGAAUCUUGGAAAAAAGAAAUGUUCGAUUUGAAGAUUCCAAUCUCUGAAAACCUGAAUAUUGUUGAUGUUCUCACCAAUGACGCUGAAAUAGCCAAAUGGGGAAACGAAAAGCUUCCAUCUGAUAAAACCAGUAUUGAAAAUGGCUGUAUUUUACUGAACUGUGAAAGAUGGCCACUAGUUAUCGAUCCUCAAUUGCAAGCCAUUACCUGGAUCAAGAAUCACUUCAAAGAUAUUGUGUUACUUAGACUCGAACAGCAUGACUUGAUUGAAAAGAUGGAACGAGCAAUUCAACAAGGAAGUACAGUGUUGAUAGAAAAUAUUAAGGAAUCAAUUGAUGCAAUUUUAUCUCCUGUCGUUGGAAGAAACAUUAUUCACAGUGGAUCUGGAAAAUACAUCAAACUCGGCAAAAAUGAAGUUGAGUAUAAUGAGAACUUUAGAUUAAUAUUGCAUACCAAGUUGAGCAACCCUCAUUAUAAUCCUGAAAUUCAAGCCGAAACAACUUUAAUCAAUUUUUCUGUAACAGAAGAAGGUUUAGAAGAGCAACUUUUGGCAUUGGUUGUACAGAAAGAGCGUGCGGAUUUGGAAGAGAAAAAAUCAGAAUUGAACACCAAGAAGAAUGAGUUUAAGAUCAAGCUCAAAGAACUCGAAGACAAUCUUCUUGAAAACUUGAAGUACAAAGGUGAUAUUCUUGGAAAUGUAGAUCUGAUAUCCGGUUUAGAAAAUACCAAGAAAACAAGUGAGGUAAUCAAGCAACAAGUUUUAGAAUCUAUUGAGACUGAAAAGGAUAUUAACUCGGCAAGAGAAAAUUACAGAAAGGUAGCCAAGAGAGGUUCCAUGUUGUACUUCCUUUUGGAUCAACUCCAAUUGAUCGAGCACAUGUACAAGUAUUCUUUAGGAGCUUUUACAGUUGUUUUCAACAGAGCUAUUACCAAAACCGAGAAGAUUGAAAACGAAGAUCUUUUCGUUAGAAUAGAAAAAUUGAUUGAUUCGAUAACGUUUGCAUGCUAUGAAUAUGUUGAGCGUGGUUUAUUUGAAAGACACAAGCUCAUAUUUAUUACAAAUCUUUGCUUUGCAAUUAAUCAUGACAAAUUUAGGCCAGAUCACUUGGAGUUUUUGAUUAAGUGCUCUCCAGAUCCAAAUACACCCAAGGAAAAUCCAUUUACUGAUUGGCUUUCAGAUUUCAGUUGGAAAGCAAUUUACAAGUUAAACCAAUUAGAAGGCUUUGAAAAGUUAUCUGAUGACAUUGUAAAUUCUGGAAAACGUUGGAAAUUAUGGUCCAUGUUGGAAGCUCCAGAAAAAGAGAGUCUACCGCAAGAAUGGAAGAAAAAGUCUGGUUUUGAAAAACUUCUCAUCAUUAGAGCAUUGAGACCUGAUCGAAUUACUCAAGCUUUGAAAGAAUUUGUUGGAGAAAUAAUGGGAUCCAAGUAUGUAGACUCCAUUCCAUUCUCAUUAGACAAGAUAUUUGCAGAGUCAAGACCAAAUACUCCUCUCUUCUUUAUUUUGUUCCCUGGUGCUGACCCUAUCAAGACCAUUGAAGCUCUUGGUAAAAGACUUGGAUUUUCUGAAGAGAAUGAAAAAUUUGUUAACAUUUCCAUGGGUAAAGGCCAAGAAGAACAUGCAGAAAGACAGUUGCAACGAGCGUAUGAAAUUGGUGGCUGGGUUGUGUUACAAAACAUCCACCUUAUGAAAAAGUGGUUACCAACGUUGGAAAGAAAAUUAGAGAAACUAUCAGAAGGUUCUCACAAAGAUUUUCGUGUAUUUCUCACUGCAGAACCCACUCAUCAUCCUGUUAUUCCUCAAAGUAUUCUUCAAAACUCUAUCAAAAUUACAAACGAACCACCUCAAGAUCUUUCAGCCAAUUUACAUAGAGCCCUCUCUAACUUUUCUCAAGAGUUCUUUGAGUCCUCAAUUAAGCAAAGCGAGUUCAAAACAAUUCUCUUUGCGCUUUGCUUUUUCCAUGCUGUAGUAUUAGGAAGAAGAAAAUUUGGUUUCCAAGGUUGGAGUAGAAGUUAUAGUUUUAACAAUGGAGAUUUGACCAUUAGUGCUGAUGUAUUAUAUAACUAUCUGGAAACUAAUGACUCUAUACCAUGGGAAGAUAUCAGAUAUAUAUUUGGAGAAAUCAUGUAUGGUGGUCACAUUACUGACCACUGGGAUCGUCGAACCUGCAGUACCUACUUGAAAUGUUUGUUGAGAGAGCAAUUAUUUGAUGAGAUGGAGUUGGCUCCAGGAUUCAGAGCACCACCAAGCAUGCAAUCUCUUGAUGAUUAUCAUGAGUUCAUUAAUGAAAAGCUGCCAUCAGAGUCACCUGCUCUGUUUGGACUUCAUCCUAAUGCCGAAAUUGACUUCUUGACGAAUCAAGCCGAAUCUCUAUUUUCGUCAAUCAUUAGAAUUCGAGGAGAGAGUGGAGCUUCAUCUCAUGACUCCAUGGACGACUCAAUGGCACAUCAAAUUGAAGAAUUAUACAACAUGCUUCCUGAUAAUUUUGAUUUGGAUGAAAUUUCAAGUCGAGCAGACAAAAAGAUUCCAUUCGUCGCUGUUUGUUUACAAGAAUGUGAAAGAAUGAACAUUCUCUUAACUGAAAUUAAAACUUCACUCACAGAACUCAGAAAAGGUUUGAAUGGAGAGUUAACCAUUUCAGAACAAAUGGACAACUUGAGAAAAUCUCUUUCAUAUGAUCAAGUUCCCGAUAGAUGGCACAAAGUUGCAUAUCCUUCUCGAAAACCUCUCAAUCAAUGGUUUGAAGAUUUAAUUAAGAGAGUUCGACAACUCGAAGAAUGGAGUUCUGAAUUGACUCUGCCUAAAGUAGUAUGGCUUUCAGGUUUAUUCAAUCCAAUGGCAUUCCUCACAGCGAUCAUGCAAACAUCUGCUCGUAAGAAUGGUUAUCCUUUAGACAAGAUGUGCAUUCAAACAGAAGUUCUCAAAAAGACUCGAUCUGAAAUUCCACCAACCCCUCCACGAGAAGGUUGUUAUGUGGAUGGAUUCAUUCUAGAAGGAGCUGGUUGGGACAUGAAAGCAGGUAUUUUGAGAGAGAGUGAUCUCAAAGUAUUACACACACCAAUGCCAGUCAUUCACAUCAAAGCUGUUCCAAUCGAUAAGAAGGAUGUUAAAAGCAUUUAUGAAUGUCCAGUGUAUAUAACUCCACAAAGAGGACCAACAUAUAUUUUCACAGCUCAACUCAAGACGAAACAUGAUGUUUCCAAGUGGAUUCUUGGUGGUGUUGCCUUAUUACUUGGCAAUUAA